UGUGACGUCAUAAGACUGCGCCUCGCUUCAGCAUCUGUUGUGAUUCAGAUGGAGAAAGAAAAACUCCUGGUGAAGCGACUGAGAUCCACGUGACACAUUAUUAUAAAGAUGGAAUGUAUUAAAGAAGAGAGUGAAGACUUAAAGAUGGCGUUUAUUAAAGAGGAGACUGAAGACAUAAAGAUUGAAGAAACAUUCAGUGUGAAACAAGAAGAAACUGAGGAACAAACAGACCUGAUGAAGAGUGAAGUACUGAAUGAAAUGGAAGAGAAAUAUCAAAAUAAUCAUCAUGAUUUCAUUACUGAAGAAAAACCUUGUAGUUGCUCACAGACUGAAAACACUUCCUCACAAAAAAUGGCUCAAAAGUCGGGGACUAAAAGUCAUUUCAGCUGCAAACAGUGUGGAAACAGAUUCAAUCAAAACACAAGCUUUAACAGGCAAACAGAAAUUCACACUGAAAAGCCUUACACAUGUCCUCAGUGUGGAAAGAGUUUUUAUCAUAAAGGACACUUUAAAGACCACUUGGUAGUUCAUACUGGAGAAAAGCCUUUCACCUGCCAACACUGUGGAAAACGUUUCACCCGAAAAGAAACUCUUAAUUACCACAUGAGAAUUCACACUCAAGAGAACUUUUUCACCUGCCAAAAGUGUGGAAAAAGUUUCACCCAAAAGGCAAGCCUUAACAGGCACAUGGAAAUUCACAUUGAUAAGUCUUACACGUGUCCUCACUGCGGAAAGAUGUUUUUUCAUAAAGGACACUUUGUAGACCACUUGGUUGUUCACACUGGAGAGAAGCCUAUCACCUGCCAACUGUGUGGAAAAGGUUUCAGCCGAAAAUCAACUCUUAAUUACCACAUGAGAAUUCACACUGGAGAGAGGCUUUUCACCUGCCAACAGUGUGGAAAAAGUUUCAUUCAAAAAGGAAGUCUUAAUUAUCACAUGGUAGUUCACACUGGAGAGAAGUCUUUCACCUGCCAACAGUGUGGAAAAAGUUUCACACGAAAAGAAAGUCUUAAGUACCACAUGAGAAUUCACACUGGAGAGAGGCUUUUCACCUGCCAACAGUGUGGGAAAAGUUUUACCCGAAAAGGAAGGCUUGAUUACCACAUGAGAAUUCACACCGGAGAGAAGCCCUUUACCUGCCAACAGUGUGGAAAAAGUUUCAACCAAAAAGGAUGCUUUAAUAGGCAUAUGAGAAUUCACACAAGAGAGAAGCCCUUUACCUGCCAACAGUGUGGAAAAAGUUUCAACCAAAAAGGAAGCUUUAACAGGCACAUAAGAAUUUACACAAGAGAGAAGCUGCUUAUAUGUGGUUAAGGUGGAAAGAGUUUCAAAUGUAAAGAAACCCUUGAGUAAUACAUGAGGAUUCAUGUAUGAACGGUUUAUAUGUCUUUAGUGUGGAAUGAGUUUUACAGACAGGAAACACCUCAGGAAUUAUACAAUUACUAUAACAGAUGUUGUUUGUUAAAACGUACAGUAUCUGUAUUUAGCAUUAUUUUCAAUGCUUGUGGCCUUAAAGACAAAGGAAAUGUAUUGAGUGUGGAAUCUGUCUAAAAUUGAUGCCAGACUACGUCCUUAACUAUGGUUCGCCCAGUAGUGCACAACAAAACUAAACUGAACCAAGCAAACAUAAGUUCACAACACAACGGAAAAAAGCCACAACACAGCGAAAUUGAGCCACAACACAAUGGAAAUACUCCCGACCACUAGGGGUCUCUAUGAGCUCAAAGUUAGUUUUCCUUGCCACUGUUCUGCAGAGUCGGCAGUUUUACAAAGAUAUAAAUACCACAUUGAGGUUUAACAGUAUGCAACCACUGUAUAUCGACAUGAAAUAGUAAUUCAUAAUUAUCUACGUGCAUUAUAGCUGAAUAUUUAUACCUGGAAAUGAUUUGACAUGCUACCACAGUGUAUGAUGAAGGGAACGUCUGCCAAUUCGACAAAAUUCUUAAAACAUAAUUUGUAUUCAAUAAAAUUACUUUCAACAUUUAAAAUUGGACAUGUUCAACUAACUUUCCUGAGCUUGGAGAGCCCCCUAGUGGUUGGGAGCACUUCCGUUGUGUUGUGGCUUGUUUCCGCUGUGUUGUGGCUUUAUUUUGUUGUGUUUUGAACUUGUUUGCUUUUUAAAUUUAGUUGUGUUGUGCACUACUGGGCCACUGUACUUAACAGCUGAAAAGCAGCAUGACCCCCUCUCAUUAGUUAGUGUCAGGAAGUGUUGGACUGUUAUUUACUAAGUUAACAAAGUUCCAUGAUGUCAUAUGCAAAUAUAGUAGUCAACAUUUGAAGUGGAUCAAAAGCUUUUAUCAAAGUUAUUCUAAAACCUUCUUCUUAAGAUUAGGUUAGUUCUUAGGACAACUUUGAACUUUUUUGAUCCACUUCAAAUGUUGACUACUGUAGUAUGCAGCAGUAUAUUUUAUAAAAAAUGGUUUACAUAAUCUUACCGUCACCAGAAUGUGAUUUAGUGUACAUAACUCACUUGACAACUGGAAAUAAAUUGAUUACAAACUGGUUUUAUAUAUAUUUAUA